CUUCCCAGCAGGCACCGCGGCGAGGAGAAAGGCCCCGUCGUGUAUUUGGGUCGGGCCACAACGCCAGUGACGCAAACUACGUCUCCCGCGAGGCUCUGCAUCGCGCCUGGCUUCCUGCCUCUCGUGAGGCCUACUGUUUCUCCUCGGCUCGCCUUCCUUCUUCUGCUGCUUUUUCCAGGAGCGGCCAUGCCGACGGGCGACUACGAGCUUUCAUGGCCAGAAUCACUGGGUUUCUAUGAGUUUUUCGGGAUGUAUGGCCAUGUUCCAGAAGCAUUAUAGAAUCAGAGUUGGAAGAGAUCUCACGUGCCAUCAAGCAACAUGGAGAAGGCCCUUUCUCGUUCCCACCAACUACGCUUGCGAUGCGGCUCCAAGCCCAGUUGGGCAGACCAGGUGGAAGAGGAAGGAGAUGAUGAUAAAUGCAUUACUAGUGAUUUGCUCAAGGAUAUACCCCUCACUGGGGUGCUAAGUGGAAGUGGAGGUGGAACCGGAACUGGAACUGGAACCGGAAGUGGAAGUGGAAGCAGUGGUGAAAGUGGAACAGGAAGUGGAGGAGGAAGUGCACCAACUGUAGUUGUUGAACCAGAGCUUGUAAAAGGAGGUCCUUUGCCCUCCCCCAAGGAGGUUGUGAAUGGAAACAUUAAAACGGUGACUGAAUACAGAGAAGAGGAAGAUGGCCACAAAGUGAAGAUUAUCCGAACCUUUCGUAUUGAGACCCGGAAGGCUUCUAAGGCUGUUGCAAGGAGAAAGAACUGGAAGAAAUUUGGCAACUCUGAGUUUGAUGCUCCUGGGCCAAAUGUGGCCACAACCACUGUGAGUGAUGAUGUCUUCAUGACCUUUAUCACCAGCAAGGAGGACUUGAACUGCCAAGAGGAGGAGGACCCCAUGAACAAGUUGAAAGGGCAGAAGAUUGUGUCCUGCCGCAUCUGCAAGGGUGACCACUGGACCACUCGCUGCCCUUACAAGGACACCCUGGGUCCCAUGCAAAAGGAGCUGGCUGAGCAGCUGGGGCUCUCCACAGGCGAGAAGGAAAAGUUGCCAGGAGAACCAGAACCUGUUGCAUCCCAACAGAAUAAGACUGGGAAGUAUGUGCCACCCAGCCUGAGGGAUGGAGCUAGCCGCAGAGGAGAGUCCAUGCAGCCGAAUCGCAGAGCUGAUGACAAUGCCACCAUCCGUGUCACCAACCUGUCUGAGGACACGCGAGAGACUGACCUGCAGGAGCUCUUCCGUCCUUUUGGGUCCAUAUCUCGCAUCUACUUGGCCAAGGACAAAACAACUGGCCAAUCCAAGGGUUUUGCCUUCAUCAGCUUCCACCGCCGGGAAGAUGCUGCCAGGGCCAUUGCAGGCGUGUCUGGCUUUGGCUAUGAUCACUUGAUCCUGAAUGUUGAAUGGGCCAAACCUUCCACCAACUGAGCCUCUACAUUUGUCUUUGGAAAUUUUUCAGCUCUGUUCUUAACUGGAGACACUAGUCACUAAUAAAAGAUUGAUCCUAUUUUA